AUGUUUAAUGGGACUCUUCAUGGCUUCUUUGAAGGGAAAAGAGGUCUCCAACAGGGUGAUCCCAUGUCUCCGCUCCUAUUUGUUCUAGGAAUGGAGUACUUGUCAAGGAUAAUGAGCAGAAUUGGAAGCAAACCAGAAUUUCAGUAUCAUGAUCGAUGCAAGGAGCUUAAGAUGAAUCACUUAAUGUUUGCCGAUGAUGUAAUUCUAUUCUGCCAUGGAGACUUCCAAAGUAUUCAUCUUAUGCUUCAAGGAUUGAAACUAUUCUCUUGCACUUCAGGACUACAACCGAACCCAGAUAAGUCGGCUUUCUACUGUUGUGGCAUGGAAGAAAGCGAGGUGCAAAGAGUUAUAGACAGAUCAGGCUUUUCAAAAAAAGAGGUACCAUUUCAAUACUUAGGUAUCCCUAUAUGUGCCAAACGAAUUUCUGGUAAAGAAUGUGCUGUGUUGGCUGAAAAAAUGACAGCAAGAAUUAAAAUUUGGCGUUCAAGGAAUCUGUCCUUAGCAGGUAGAGCGGUGUUGGUAAACUCGGUUUUGAUGGCUAUACAUUCGUAUUGGAGUCAAAUUAUGAUUUUACCUAAGAAGAUCAUAAAGGACAUUGAGCAAAUAUGUCGAGCCUACCUUUGGAGGGGUCAUCAUACAACAACAGGGCCUGGACUCAUAGCUUGGGAGAGUGUAUGUCAACCGAAGGCAGCAGGAGGCAUUGGGCUUAAAAAGAUAGCAGAAUGGAACAUGGCUGCCUUGACAAAAUACGUUUGGGCAAUUGCGAACAAGGAAGACAAUUUGUGGAUUAAAUGGGUACAUUGUGUAUACUUAAAAGGGGAGGAUUGGUGGGACUACCAAGCCCCACAACAAGCGAGUUGGUAUUGGAAAAAACUGGUAUAUGUUAAAGAACAAAUCAAGGGGAAAAUGAGUGAGCAGCAGUUUACAAGUUCAAUCUAUACAAUCUCUAAUGGUUACAAUUUAUUUUGCCCCCCUCAAAGGAAGGUAAAUUGGAGCCAUGGAGUUUGGAAUAGACAAAACAUUCCAAGACAAAGCUUUAUAUUGUGGACAGCUGUUCAAGAUCGCCUUCGAACUAGAUCAAGGUUGAAACACAUGAAGGUCAUCUCAGAUGACUGCUGCCUCUUCUGCAGUAGCCAUUCCGAGACAAAAAACAAUUUAUUUUUCUCUUGUAUAUUUGCAACUCAGUGUUUAUUGCAGAUUAAAUCUUGGUUGCAUUGGAGGAUUGAAUCGGUGGACCUUGAUGUAAUAUUGAGGUGGAUUGAAAGAUCAAACAAAGGCAGGUUUCGAAAGAGUUUAUGGUAUGCUGUUAUUGCUUCAGCAGUGUACCAAAUCUGGAGGGCUCAGAAUUUAAUGUUGUGGGAGUCCAAGGAGCCGAGAGUCACUGAGGUGACUAGGAAUAUCAAAGAAGAAAUUAAGAGCAGAUUUACUUAUGUAUGGCCUAAAAAAGUCUCAGAAUAUGAUGCUCAAUGGUUUAUAGGAAUUGUACAGCAAUAG